AUGUUUUCGUUAUUUCUAUUAUCUUUCUUUCCAUUUCUAAUUUUACUUCUAAUUCCUCAAACGAAUUGUAAAAAUGUUACUUUUGUUCCACAGCCAAUUCGGAUAACAAUUGCGAGUCUUCCACAACCCUAUGCUUCAUCAUCUGCGUCUAAACCACCUCAAAUCAUUGCAGUACCUUCAAAUCCUCGUCUCUACGUUCCUAAGGGAUUCAUUGUGAAGUUAUAUGUGAGUGGGCUUACAGCACCACGUUAUCUUAUUUAUACACCUACAAAUGAUAUCCUUGUUAGUGAAUCAAGUACUAAUCGAAUCUCUUGUCUAGUAGAUAAUAAUCACGAUGGUUAUCCAGAUCAACGCUUAACAUUCGCUGAUACAUCUAAUGGACUCAAUUAUCCAUUUGGUAUGGCUUUUAAUAAUGGAUAUUUUUAUGUUGGCAAUCGAGAUGCUGUUCGACGUUAUUCUUGGACUAAUGGAAGUCGACAAAUUACAGGUACAGGUGAGGUGCUAAUGACUUAUGGUCAAAAUGGUCAUAUAACACGAACUAUAGCUAUAUCACCUAUUGAUAAUCGAAUGUUUGUUAGCAUCGGUUCGGCAUCUAACGUUGAUGUUGAAGCAUUGCCACGAGCUUCUAUUCAACAAGCUAAUAUCAAUGGUACUAAUCAAACAACAUUUGCUUAUGGUCUUCGAAAUGCUGUUGGUUUAGCAUUUCAUCCAAUAACUAAUGAGCUACAUGCAACAUGUCAAGAAAGAGAUGCACUUGGUGAUGAUCUUGUUCCUGAUUAUUUUUCACGUAUUCAACAAAAUGAUUUUUAUGGAUGGCCUUUUGCUUAUUUGAGCUCAAAUUUACUUGACCCAAGACGACUUCUAAGUAAUGGAACAAGUGAACGACCUGAUCUAGUAGCACUAACCCGAACACCUGAUGUUCUUUUUCAAGCUCAUUCAGCAGUACUUGAUAUGAGAUUUUAUACAGGCAGUCAAUUUCCUAUUCGAUAUCGAAAUGGUGCUUUUGCAGCAUUUCAUGGUUCAUGGAAUCGAAACAGUGGAACUGGUUAUAAAAUUAUUUUUAUUCCAUUCGAUAACAAUACUAAUCGACCAAUGGGCUACUAUGAAGAUUUUGUUUAUGGAUUCCUAACGAAUCCAACUGGACCUGACACCUUUGGACGGCCAGUUGGUUUACUCGUUCUAAAAGAUGGUAGUCUUUUAUUUUCUGAAGAUGGUAACAAUCUUCUUUAUCAAGUACAAUACAAACCAUAA